GCAGUACCAUGCUCUCGGUUUGCUUUACCAUCUGAGAAAAAACGACCGACUCGCCGUCUCCAAGAUGCUGAACAAAUUCACCAGAUCCGGAUUGAAGUCCCAGUUUGCCUACUGCAUGCUGAUCCGGAUUGCCAGCCGGCUGCUGAAGGAGUCUGAGGAGGGGCACGACAACCCCCUCUUCGACUUCAUCGAAAGCUGCCUGCGUAACAAACACGAGAUGGUGAUUUACGAGGCUGCCUCGGCUAUCAUCCACCUCCCCAAUUGCACGGCCCGGGAACUGGCUCCGGCAGUCUCAGUGCUUCAACUCUUCUGCAGUUCGCCGAAGCCUGUUCUGAGAUACGCGGCGGUCAGGACCCUCAAUAAGUAUUGCUCACUUAACAACUGCAGCGGUUCACUUAACAAACGCAGCCAGAAAGGUCUUACCACAGUCUUAAAAAUUCAACUGCCUCGCUUUAGCAACGGGGAUUGCGGUCGUACGUUGGGGACUAGCCGCCAUUCUGCUGCUGCGCACACAUGUUUUGUCUGCCUCCCCGCUCCCCCUCCCCCGCAGGGCGGCUUCGACUACAAGCGGGCCAUCGUGGACUGCAUCAUUGGCAUCAUCGAAGAGAACCCCGAGAGCAAAGAGACGGGCCUGGCCCACCUCUGUGAGUUCAUCGAAGACUGCGAGCACACAGUGCUAGCGACCAAGAUCCUCCACCUACUGGGCAAGGAGGGGCCCAGGACCCCUACCCCUUCCAAGUACAUCCGCUUCAUCUUCAACCGGGUGGUGCUGGAGAAUGAAGCAGUUCGGGCUGGUGAGUUUCGCGGGGGACGGGAGGUUUGCCAAACUGUGAGACCAAGAAGGAGAAGAUCUGUCGCCUGCUGGACAGAAUCUCUAGAUGG